AUGUUUCACUCUGGUGAACAACAAGAAAUGAGUAAAGUUGCUACAUAUUUUGGUAGAUUGAAAUGGGGGUUUUUACCUCAGAGAAGAAUUGUCGAUGAAGAUGAGUUCGGUCACUUUAGUGAUACGCAGGAGGAAACCGGUGAUGCUGAAUUAUCCGAGCCACUCGAAAAAUUAGAAUCCAAGAACGAAGUGGAAGUAGAAGUGGUGGAAUCAACAAGCUUAGAAUAUCGAGAUGAAAAGAAUCGUCCUUGGUGGAAAUUCUUUGAUGAAUUUGAGUACAGAGUCAAUAAGGAAACUAAAGCUAAACGUAAGUGGUACAAAUGGUUUCAUGAAGAUGACACUCCAGAAGAACGUCGACUUAUCUUGAAGAUUGAUUUAUUGUUAACUCUCUACUCAUUGAUGGCCUACUGGAUCAAAUAUUUGGAUCAAACAAAUUUAACUAAUGCUUAUAUUGGUGGUAUGCGUGAAUCUAUUAAUAUGCAAGGAAAUGAUUUUGUUGAUACUCAAGUUAUGUUCUCAGCUGGUAACAUCAUUUUCCAAAUUCCUUUUAUGUAUGUGUUGUAUGCCCUUCCAUUGAAUUAUGUUAUGCCAAUCCUUGAUAUUUGUUGGUCUAUUCUUACUAUCUCGUUAUACCGAGUUGAAAAUGUACAUACACUUAAGGCCCUCCGAUUCUUAAUUGGCGCAUUUGAAGCUCCAGCGUAUAUUGCAUAUCACGCUCUUUUCGCUUCUUGGUUCAAAUCCAGUACUAGUGAAAUCGCCAGAAGAGCAGGGUUCUAUUAUCUUGGUCAAUUCCUUGGAAUUUUGACGUCGGGUUUAUUGUCUGGUGCUAUUGCAAGAACUAUGGGAGGGGUUGGCGGAAAAGAGGCAUGGCAAUGGAUCUUUAUCAUAGAUGGUCUUAUCUCUAUUGCUGUUGGUCUUAUUGGUUUCUAUAUGAUUCCCGGUACUCCAGAAGAUUGUUACAGUAUUUUCCUUUCCGAUGACGAAAUCAGACUUGCAAGAAAGAGAAUGAGAAAAGAUCAAAAGAAUGCUAAACCAAGAGACAACGUCGUCAAGCAUUUCUUCGACAUUAAGAUUUGGAAAUCUAUUUUCACCUCGUGGCAUUUCUACGUCUUAACCUUGUGGACCAUUUUCUGUUGGAAUAACUCUAACGGAACCUCAGGUGCUUAUGCCUUAUGGUUGGAAACACUUACAAAACCAGACGGAACACCACGAUUCGAUCCUGGUCAACUACAGGAGUAUACUGCCUUAACUCCUGGUUUGGGUUUAAUAUGGUUGGUUUUGGUUUGCUCCUUUGCCGAUUUCUUCAACAGUAGAUGGGGUGCUAUAGUGUUUUCUCAAGUGUUCAAUGUGUUGGGUAAUACACUUUUGGCUAUUUGGGAUAUUCCAGAAGGCGCUAAAUGGUUUGCUUUUUGUUUGCAGUACUUUGGUUGGGCAAUGGCCCCAGUUUUGUAUGCUUGGCAGGGUGACAUUUGUCGUAAAGAUAUCAGAGAGAGGCAGGUCGUCUUGGUGUCAAUGAAUAUGUUGGCACAACAAUCAACUGCUUGGAUUGCCGUCCUUGUCUGGAGAACAGUAGAAGCUCCUCGAUUCUUGAAAGGGUUUACAUUUACGGCUUGCUCUGGUGUUGCAUUAUGUAUUUGGACCCUUGUUGUGUUGUGGUUCUAUAAGCGCCAGGAACGAGCUAAUGCUAGGGAAAAUGGUAUUGUGCUUUACAACUCCGACAAGCAAGAUUUGGAAGU